AUGCAGUCCCCUUCACCCUCAUCAUGUGGCUCGCCGAUACGGCCUGCUGCUCUGCCUCAUCAGCCCAACACCACUUCUCGCACCCAGGAGGACUUGCCACUGGGGAAGGCCAGUGUAGCGACUCUCGCAGAUGCAACCACCUCUGGCCUAAAAACGGAGGCUCUCACGGCCACCAACGCUACCGGCAGCGUCUUGAGCGCCGCUGCGCUGCCUCUGCAGGAGGACAAUUCUUUUUUGUCUUCCAUUACGUCCGGUGAGCCGUCGCCUCGGUCGGAGUGGUCGAGCAAGACGCGGCAGCACGUGCUGCCGCUUUCCUCCUCAUCGUAUCUGUCGCAUUACCGCCCCUCGGCGGACAGAGAGGCACAGGAGAGUGGGGCCUCCCCAUCUGUCUCCAGAAGCGCACACGCGAUCAUGACGAGCCGCUCCUCCAUUGAACGCCUAGUCGGGUCACAGACCACAGACUGUGACUCCUCCUACGCCCUUUUGCGCGCGAGCGACACGGCACCGCCCGAGUGCUUCGCCUCCCCGCCUACGCUGCGAGGAAUCGCUCGCUCUGCUGAGGUCUUCGUCAACUUGGAAGACACGUUUUCCGCGGCCGCGGGGCCUACGGCGAUGCAACCAGCAGCUACUGCAACGCUCUGCACGCCGCCGAAGCUUACUGGAGCGAAUGGCCACCGCUCUUCUCAGGCGGUGCCUCCCUUCGCCAUCGCUACUGUGGCCACGGCCGUCACGCCUGCUGCCGUCAAAAAUCCAGCGAUCUGCAACGACGCAUCCGUCUGUCUGAAAGAUGCGACGCAGCACUCCACAGAAAGAGGGGGUGCUCAUGCUCGUCAUUCACACGUGUCACCGCCCUCUAGUUCCAGCUUGGCGAGCGGAGCAUCCGAACUGGACAAUGACGACGACAGGGCCAGCGAGGGCAAUCGACUGGGCACCCCGACCCACCGUAGCUUUCUGCGACGCUCGCUCUUUGGCAAACCCUCACCGGCUUUGUACACCACGAGUCCUCCACCGUCUACGACGGCGGAUGUCGCCGCCUCGAACGGCUUUGGUGGCGAGUACUCGCUCUCUCAGCCUGCGGCGCACUUCCCGAACCGGUGUAGCUCAAAUGCCGACACCGCCCUUGUGUUCCCCUCACAGACAGCUCUCGUGACAGGCAUCUCUGCCGUGGCAGACAUUCCUCAGUGCCAGCAGAACCGGCAGCAAGCGCAGCAAAGGCCACUGUCGCUCUUUAAGCAGACCAUAGGCAAACCUACCCCACCACGAACUGCCGUAUCGGACCGUGAAUCUCUCGGCAGCCCUACCCGCCCACUACAGCGGAAUUCCACGACGGCCUUCGACGAAGAACAAGCAGCCGCACCAGCAGCAGCAACGACAGAGUUCCGCAGCGGCGCUACGCCGUUUCGCUCUCUGGUGGGCUGCACCGCCGCCGCCGCCGCCGCGAAGGGGCCAACGGCCGACAUGGAGACGCGGGUGCUCCCUAUCGCUCGUUUGAUCACCACCCCCGUGCGGCUGCAACCAGCGCGGGUGUCACUGUCCACAGAGGACUGGCCCGCCCUUGGUGCCAAGGCCUCGCAAGAAGACCUGAGCGACGCUGAAGGGAUGCCGUGGUGCGGUCUCAGCCACCCGGCUCAGUGCACAACCUGCCCACCACAGCAGAUCGAGGCCACAGUCGAUGAGGUGCUGCAGCAUCUUGACGAAGACUCGGGCGGCGUUGCGGCCCACCCUUGCCGCAACCCCUACAACAGUCCGCACACACCCCGUGGCUUGUCAUCGGUGAGCUGCCCCAGUCGCAGCCUCUCUGUGUGCUCUUCCGGCCUCGCCAGGUCCUACGCGGCCUCCUUUGCCUGUGAGCGAUCCGUUUCUGUCACUGAGCAAGACGGGAUGGCUACAGCGAUCUCUGUUUCCGAAGCGCAGCCCGAAGAGUUGGACUGCUGCCACACUCCCGCAUCGCCGCAUACUCCGUUGGGAAACCGCACACCUGGUCCGGUCGGAAUCCACGACAACUCCAUGACACAGUACAGCCUAGGCCACUCGCACUCGCGCUACCGCUCACAGCUGCUCUCUCAGUCUAUCACCCCGCAGAGGUCAGCCCGUCGCGCCCUCUCUCGCCAGACGACCCCGUCACAGUCCUUCCGCUCCAAGGUGCAGAGCCUCAGUUUCGAGUCACAACAGCAGCAGUACAUGUCCAAUUACCUCAUCGAUCCGAUCAACGGUGAGCCUGCUAGCGCCGCAGAGCGCGACUACCUUGCCCCCAGCCGCAACCCCUUCAGCCUGUACCGAACACUCGAGCCGUACGCCACCAACCUCUUGGUACUCACGCUGGGCGCAGCGCCUGGCAGCACCUCCCCCGACUUCGGUCUCUCUGAGCACGAUCUGACCGAAAGCCAGGCGGCUUUCACGGCUGCUCUGCAGAGAACGGCCUUCCGCCCCGACGCAGCAGUCGUUCUGUAUGAGCAGCUCGUACCGCCUCCCUCGAACUCCCCAGGUGUCUCGCACCGCGCGCGGAUGGAGGAGUCCGCUGCUCACGCUCCGCUUGCCGCUCUCCUUAUUUCGGACGUCGAUACGGAAGAGAGCCUCUCUCUAGCUAAUCUCCCCCUCACCGCGAGCGGCUGCAGCGGCAAACACGGGCGAGCGUGGAGCGUCUUGCUUGAGCAGGACAAGGCCACCAAACCGUCUGGUGCAGGAGUCGUGGCUAAUGGAUGUGGCCGCCGCACAACACCACUAGCGGCGCAGACGCUAGAUGUGCAGUCGCCCACAGGCGUCAUCCGCACGGAUCCGCAGACAAACGCAGCUCUGACUUCGUCGUCGUCGACCCCAGCAGUCCAUCCCUGUGCCUCAGCAAGCGUUGCGCUGCCAGAAAUCGAGCCGCUCACUCCACAGAGUCUCUUCUGCCACGGGAUGCAGCGAACGACGCCGUUGGUGGCCGCCGUCGAGGCGGCUUCCGGCAGCAUACCGCUGCACAGUCCUCUGGCAACGGGAGCCGCUUCGGCAUCUUCCGGCGAGUUGCGCGAUACCUCGAUAAGUACAUCCUUGCUGAAGCAGCCACAGCGGGGCGAGUGUGCGAUGAGUGACAACGCCUCGCCGCUGCCACAACGCCCUACGCAAAACCCAAUCACCAUGGAGUCGUACUCCGAGUCGUCCACGGGCUGCGGCACGGUUGCCGCUGGCCGACAGAUACAUUUUGAGUAUGAGGAAGGAGAUGGGGAGGCGGCGUGGAGCGGCUGCGAUGAGGUGUGCUGUCCCUUCAGCCCGACUUCCGUUGAAGAGGGGGAUACUCAGAAGGUAUUGCACGCUCGAAGUUCUCUUGACCUACGCGCGGGGGGUAGCGGCAGCACCUGGAGCAGCUACGGAUCGCCAAACUACCUUUGUAACACCGUCGCGAAUACCGGCUUCUCUGCCAGCGCGCAGCCGAGUCCUGUGAAGGAACUCAAAGUGUUCCGCGUGACGAGUGCACUCCCUGCGUGGCCGGCACCCGAGUGUGAGGCGGCCCUCGCGACAUACGACCGAGAGGCGAGGGCAGUUGCUUUGCCUCUUCCAUCACUCAACCUGACCCGGCUGGCAAACCACUCACCACGACUGCAGUUUCGGCCGCCGACGCUGCAACGGCACCCGUCAUUAGGCAGAGAGGUAGCAGAGCUGCGCAUCGCCUCUGAGUCUUCGUGGGUACGUGGGGCACAGGCCCCCGUGGUGGCUGGCGUAAACGCGAGUGCCCCCUCUUCGGAACACGCAGACACCUCCGCUACCGCACAGAUCGGCUGCCGCCUGGCAGAGUCCUUUUCAGACCCACUGGAGGCAAACGACACGAGCGAGGAAGAGGUGCCGGGCGAUCGCUUCCAGGCGCACCACGUCUUUCAGUUCCUGCACAGAAUCACCACGACCUGUGGAGGGGGCGACGUCCGGGCAGCGAAGCGAGAAGACGGCCGCCGCGCUAUUCCGUUGUGUGUCGAGGUAAACGGCGUUACAUGGCUCGCUAUGCAUCGGCUCAACGGUCUGCCGUACGCGGUGAAGGAAGUCCCUGCCGCGGCCUUCAACCUUGCCGAGCUACGCUGUCUCACCCUUUCCGUAAACCCUCCGUCGGGCCGAGAGACAACGAACAGGGAGGCCCGUCUGGAGCCGCGGGAUCAGUACUCGGCAGUUCUCACUGCAGAUGACAGGCUGGAGGCGGAGGACUGCAUUGUCCGCUACUACAGCGUCAGCACGCCACUGCAGAACAGCAUCAAUCCAGAGGUCCAUCUGUUGCAGCUGGAGUACUUCCCCCGGGGCUCGCUGUCGGAGCUUGCCAGACGUUGCAGCGAAACGCACGGGGCCUUCUCAGCGCAUGAGCCAUCGUCGUUCGCAGUUGGCGCGGGGGUGCUGAGCAGCCGGUUCUGGCUGGAAGCCGUGACACAGGGCCUGCGAGGGUUGCGGGUGCUUCAUCACGCCGACCUCAUCCACGGGUGUCCGCUGCCACUGUCGCUUUUCCUGUGUGGCAACACCCCCUCCGCUGUGCGCUUCAAGUGGAGCUGCUUUGGCAACGCGCGAGCUGACGCCGACAUCUACCCGACGGAGUCGCUACCGGCAUGGGUGAGUGACGCGGUGUCGCGGCUGUACCGGAGGGCCAUCUCUGGCGGCUCUUCAGUCACGCCGGACGUGAUGGAGGUGGCGGUGUUUUGCUUGGGUAUACUCGAGGUGUUGGUAAACUGCCUCGCUGCACGGGUUCUAAGCGUGCGGCCGUCGCGUGCCUCACAGCGUCUUAGUGAGCUGGAAUGGAUCGAGGUGGUUGUCAUGGAGAAGAGCCUCGAGCUCUACGCAACGGAAAAAGAGAAUGGCGAGGACAUGCAAGCAUUGGUACGUCUCAUGCGCCUCUUGUGGGAUGUCUCGAACAGCUAUCGCACCGCGGCUCAGGCGUUGGCGCAGCUUAACGUCCGUGUCGAUUCCGCCGCCAGAGUUGUAGAGCAGGUGUACGAGUGCGAGCUGGCUCGCUUGACUCGCCAGCUGGAGGAGCGGCGGCGGCGCCCCCAUCGCCGCCAGCAGCAGGGGCAGCCGCAGGUUCUUCACGGCGCGAACGCGGCGUUCUCCUUGCCGACGGACGCUUUCUUCCUACGCUCUCCUGCAAUGAGGACGGUUGCCGCCGGUGCCUCUUCGAGGCGCCCCGGCGAGAUUAGCGAGCUGUCAUCGCCGCCGCUACACCCGGCACACGAUCUUGCUGUCACGCGUACCAGCGUCUCGUCUCUCGGCGCAGCGGCGCCGCUUCCAAAGAGUCGAAACGGCACCCCGCAGCUCGUCUGCUCAGCGCGACUUCCGCUGCAUCACACGCUGCUGAAUUGUCCCAUCACCGUGGCAGGCAGCCUGUUUCUUCCCGCCAGCACCGCCGCCGCUCCGGCUGGCGCUGCCUUCGCCCCUCCAGCAACUCUGCGGGUCGAGCGGACACUGUCGGAUAUGUCGGGGCGGAGGGGGGGCGGCGGGAUGAUGGGACAUCGAACAAGAUCAGAGCUUCACCCCAGCAUACUCAAGGCGGUAAAUCACAUGCUCGAGACUGCGGUGAAGAGCGGUGAAGGUGGUGCAAGAGACGCAAUGACGGCUCUCUUGAGGCCAGCGGUGGAAUCAAUGUGCCAGCGAGGAUGGACGACCCUGUACGCGGGUGUACCGCUCGCCGUCACAGGGGUUAUCAGCGUUGACGCACGUGCAGGCACGAGCAAGGCUGCUGAAGCACUCAUGAAGUCUCUACAACCAAUGACCUCAUUCGAGUAG